AUGACAACUACUCAUUCUUUUCUACUCACGAAAGUCGAUAUAGUUUAUGAUGGUGUCACAUACAUUGAUGAGUAUUAUAAUUCUAUGCUUCCGAAAAUAGAUGAGAAGGCGGAAGUUGAUCUAAAGAAUUUUGGGAAAAUUCACUCUCUUUUAGUUGAAUUGAAGGAAAUGGUUUUAAAGUCUAGUUCUCCGUCUUUGUUCACUACUGAGUUUUUAACUCAGAAGUUUCAUUUGCUUGAGUCAACAAUUCAUUCUAAAUUGGCUCCAAUGCCCCACCAGUUGUUACAGGGGUGCAAGGGGGAGAAAGAAAAGUGA